AUGACAACAGCGAUGGCUUCUAAAUCUCCAGCAAUCGACAUACCAGAUGUCUCUGAAGAUGAGGAAGAAACUCUAAUUUACUUGGAGACAACAUCUGCUCCGAAAACACAAAAGCUCAUCAAGAGGGCUACAGACAUUGACUGCUGGUCCAUGAACCUCGAUGCCUUCAUUCUCACUAAGCACAUCUUCAGCAAGGAGCACUUUACAGCACCAGUAAACAGACCUGACAAUUCGUCAUUUCUUUCUGGAAAGUUCUCAGCGCCAGACGCGAUUCCCAAUGUUGACAUUGAUGGAGCGUAUGCAUGGUACUCGAAUUCUCGAAUUGCGGAUAUCACACAAACACCAGAGGUUAUAGAGAAUAAAAACAACUAUGGUCGCAUAAUACGUAAUGAACGACUGGGCGUCUAUCUACAUUGGACGCUGCCGCAGCACUUCUGUAAUAGAAAGACAAAGGACACCGACGAUGAAAAGGCAGGAGAUGUCGCACAAACACAUGUACCAGAUCGUUGGAUGGUCUUCAUAUGCAUCACAGAAGCCUCUGAAGCCGGCGCUCCUGCGCUUGCGGCCUUCAUAGUUGAAAGCAAUCGUAUCCGCCAUUUUGGCGGGCACUUCGACCCUUCCACAGACGGCACUUUUGAUGUUGAGACGGAAGCUUCUCCCUUCAUCGACAAGAAAGUCUCAGUGGAAAAGCAGGUCGAUGUAUUUAUGGGUAUGAGACGCAAUUUCGAUGAUGAUUGGAAUGAUCCUGAUCCUAAUGGCCUUUACCACUCCCUUUUGACACUGAAGGACUCUGCAAAUCCUCUGUUUGCAGACUUUCAGCAUCACAACUCAAACAUCUUCUCUAUUCACGACGAUGUCUCAUGGAAAGACAGUGCAGGCAAGAUUAUCCGGCCUGCGUCUGCGACUAUCUCGUACGCUGUAUUUGGCUAUCACUCAAGCUUUCAUUCGGGGCAUGACGAGAAGAAGUCUAUUCCGCAUGGCGCCAUGUACAAUGUAAGGUGGACCAGAGAUGAAGCGCCCAAAAAUUCCGAGGCGAUCAAUAUUGCCAGAAACGUCAGUGGCAGCCAGCCUAUAGCUAUGGGAUCAGACUCGCUGGAAGCGCUUGAAGCAUACCUUCAUUCUCUACCAGAGGAUACGACCGUUGGAGAAAAGACAACAGCCAACCAGAACCAGGAGCCCAAGCGCUGGAGUAACAAUGACUGGAUUGCGCUUAUUGACGAGAUGAAGAUGGCAAUAGGACAAUCUGGUCAAGGUGGACUACUCGAUUCCCACGUGCCGCAGAAUCUCAGAGCUGGUUUCAAGCCUACAGAUGGAGGCAAGAAAUGGCGCUUCAACAACGAAAAUGUGUCUGCCCAGGGUAAUGACGAGUCCAUUAAUCCCAGCAAGAUGCAGGAUUUGCAUGUUCCUACAGAAAAGGAGAUGAAAGCCUUACUCAAAGCGGAUAGGUUCCAAGCAUACAUAGAUGCUUUGGACCGUCAGGAAGGAUAUCUUCGCCAUCGGCUCUUCUGCGAAUGGUGGAAGCGUCGUGCUCAUGUGCUGGGAGGCCGAUGGAGAGAUCCUCUGGUGCGCGCUGAAUGUAACAGGAGAAUUCAAGAUGAUCUUGCGGCUUUGAAGGUCGUUGAAGAGUUGCGCCAGAGGUACAAUCAGAGUAAUGUGCCUGCCGAUUUAGAAACGAUGCAUGCCACUGCUAGAUCAGAAUUCUUUAGCCGCACGUCUCCUUCUAUCGUCAUGGGAGGACUUGGUACAGCAUGGCCCUCAGAGUUCCUCGUCAAAGAGAACAACAAGGCUAGACCACUGAGUUCGCUUCCAUUUACUGGCAAGCAGGGAGCAGAACUGGUACAGCAAUGGCUAAAGGAAUUGGUGGGAGCCAAGUCAGGAGAUGCGAAUCACCAGCUGUGCAUGGUUCACGGCAUGAAGCUCUUUUUCCACAACCCAGAACUGGUCAAGAAGAUCAUUGAUGGAGAAAAGUCGAACAGGGGCCUCAUGCGUCUUCCAGCCUUGUUUGAGUCCCUCGAUAGCCUCAACGCUCUCAACUAUACAGCACCAGGCUGGGUUCGUGUUGGAGUUGAUGCGUUAAUGCAGGAGUGGGCGUAUGCCUUGAGUAUCGGCAACCCAGAAAAGAUGAAAGAGCCCAGACCUGCUUACUACAACAAAGUCGACACACACUGGAAUGAUACGCAGCCAUGUCGUGUAUUAUUUCUGGAGUGGGAGGUUGAGUACCACCAUCUGCCUAAGCGAUUCUGGACGCUGCAAAGAUUGAGUGAUGGUACCGCCGACUACAGAAUUGCGCCUGGCGUCAACAUCUCCUCGUUUGACAUGAUGGAUCUCCACAAGCGUACUGUUUCUGGACGAAGUAUUCUACGUCCCAAUGCGGAGUGGGCGAUGACGACGCUGGCACAACAGCUGCUAGACAAGCUAGAUAAUGAGUCUCUUGAGAAGGCAGGUCUAGCAGGUGGAAAGACGCAGAUUCUUGCUCAGCUGGAGAAGGCCCUGAAGAGCCUCAAUCUAGUAUCCGGAAAUCUUGACGGAUUCACGGAUCAGCUCCUUACCCUUCACGGUGGAAUUCACGUAUCGCCAUACGAAUCCGAGACGCAUCCUCCGCGAAACGACAAAGAAAAGUCACUUCUCAACGCGCUACUUGGGUCGGAGAACGGGCAGGAUGUUACUCAAUUUGGAGAAGACGUCUGUUCUAUUGACAAGGCUGAGAGUGACUUUAAGCCUGUUACUCACGGUCAAGCACGCUUCACAAAGUUCAACAUCGUCGACAAAUUCGGCCAAGUCGUCUCACCAAUCCACACACCGGAUAUCAUCAACACGACCAAGCCUCUCUAUCCCUGCCUCGGUCGCACAAUUGCAUGUCAGCCGAACGAAGCGGAAGGCGGAGGCUUCGCCAAUAGCGUCGAACUAGACAAGGAGCAUUGCUCCCAGUUCUUCCAGCUUGGUCAUCGCAUUAAUCAAGACGCUCGACUCAACGCACAGUUCGUCGUGAACUCGACUGACGUUGAUGUGCACCAUGAGACAACGCAGUUUUUCCGUGGUGAUUUUGAGUUAGGUCGUGGUCAGAGACAUCAUGUCUGGCGUCCAACCUCAGAGUACGAGGAUCCUGUCUGGGGCUGGCUUAUGCUUGACUUUCGCACAAUGGGAAUCCAAGUUUACAACGCCGCGGGUGAAAGUAUGGGCGAAGCAUUGGUACCGGACAACAUCCACGGUAAGGCAUAUUGGCAGGUUCACUACGCCGAGGGCGACAUGUCAGAAGCAGCCGUUGAGUCGUCACAGCUACAACAACUCAUGAGACGCAUGUCUGAUGCCAAGUUCCUUGUUGGUCUAUGGGCCAUGCUUUCUGAUGCGUGCCAGAAUAUCUACAACGAUCCUUUGACUGGUGAUGCCCAGAUGCUCAAUAUGGUGGGACGUCCCCUUGCGCUUGUCAACAUUGGUAUGAACCUUGAGCUUGCAACGCCAGUCAUGCAGGCACAGAGCUACCAGGACUUGUUGAAGAAGGAGGAAAUCAAACUUGACGAGUAUAAGUUUGAGAUCCUUCUUGGCGACAAGUCAAAUCUGCGCGAUGCGCUCAUCGGCUACUUUCCUCCAUCACCAGAGCCAUCUGCUCCAAUCGAGCCCGCUCCCAUUCCACGGCCUCAAGAUCGCGUAACGGAUAAGGUGCCCGAUAUCAAUUGCGUCUACACCGAGUUCGGUUAUCCAGGACGUAACAUCGUUGCGGGUGAUAACCAGAAACCAGACUCGUUCGCCUCGCCCAGCUCGAGCAAAGUACUACAACACAGCUGCCGCCUACCAUCGCGGUAUCUGAACCAUCCUUCAACCGUUGUGCUCGGCGCUAUUGUUAACCCUUACCAACCCGUUCACAUCGCCACGGGCAUUCUCCCAUCAACAACACUGAAACUUCCUCAGUGGAUUAUUGACCAGACUAUAAAGAAACUACGCAUCCUUUUGCGCGGUGGGCCUGUCCUCACAAGAUCAGACCUUCCAGGGAUCGACACCAGUCUCGAUUCAUGGAAGAAGCCUAUGAACCAGACCACGGCUGAAGCAUGUAUUCCCGCCCUUACUGACAAGGGCGAGUGGUCAUGGCUACAGCCUAACCUGUCGGCUUAUACCGUGCCUGGAGAUGAAGAUGAGUACCUACCUCAAUUCGUUCCGUACAAUUUAAAGUCGGCAUCUUCAGACUAUCCUUUGGAGAUGGGCCCGCAUACAGUGCUCGAGGGUUUCUACAAGUUUGAGCUAUCUCAAAUGAAGUCAAAGGCAGAGCUAAGGCUAGGUAAUCCAGCGGAGAGUAGUAAUGUAAAGCAAUAG